AUGAUUAUAGGGACACUUUUGAGUCCACAGUUUGAGCUGCCAUCAAAGCCAGGUGUUCCCACCAUCAAGAGUCUGGAGCAUGACUGUGUCCACUUGCAAGUCAAACCUCCCAACCUUGGUGUUACCUCUGUGGAGUCGUACCAGGUUGUGUACCAGGCUGAGCAGGCUGACUCUGAGUGGACAGAGGUGAAAUCGGAUGCUACAACUAACCAGGUCACCAUCAGUCGUUUGGACCCCUACAAAAAGUAUCGCUUUAGCUGCAAGGCAGUGUGUAGACCUGGUGUGAGCCUCUCCAGUGACUGGACAGAAUACUUCAGGACCCGCCCAUGUAGCCCCCCUGGACCACCCACAGAGAGGAGGAUAGAGUCAGGAAGUAUCAGACACGCCAUCAAAAGCACCACUAGAGAGAGUAGACUGGAAGGACUUGAGGCUGACACUGCAUACAGCAUCAGAGUCUCUGCUAACUGUGGCAAAGCAGGGAAUAGUCUACCCAGUCCUGAGACUGUGCUGACUACCCUUAGAGUCUCUGAUCCCCAACCGAAGACGAGCAAAUCAACAGCAGCAAAAAGUGAGGAAUUCCUCAAAAAAUCCCAGAAGGUGGAAACCAGCAACCCCUCAAUCCACUGGCUGAAUCUGGAAAAGAAGUUGGUUGUAAAGGAAAGUUUUGACCAGUACACAUUUGGGAGGAAAGUUGAGCAAGGGAAUAACAAGGUGAUAUUGCUUCCGGGGGCCACAGGUGCAGGAAAAACAUCCCUGAUCAAUGCCAUGAUAAACUACAUUCUUGGGGUAAAGUGGGAAGACUGUUACCGCUUUAAGCUCAUCCAUGAAGUGACCAACAAGUCACAGGCUGAGAGCCAGACUGUGGUUGUGACAUCAUACGAGCUCUACAACCAGCCAGGCUUUCAGAUUCCUUAUUCUCUGACUAUCAUUGACACAUCAGGGUUCGGAGACACCAGAGGAAUGGCUCAAGAUAAAUUGCUCACCCAGAUGUUGAAGGAUUUCUUGCGUAAUCCUUUAGGGAUUGAUCACAUUGAUGCAGUCUGCUUUGUAGUACAGGCAUCACUUGUUCGUCUCAGUCCUUCCCAGAGAUGCAUCUUUGAUUCCAUCCUGUCCAUCUUUGGAAAGGAUGUUGCUGAAAACAUCCUGAUGCUUGUGACAUUUGUUGAUGGGAAGCACAUACCGGUGCUAGAAGCCAUCAAAGCUGCAAAUCUGCCCUGUAAGAAAAACAAGAAGGGGCUACCAACCCAUUUCAAAUUCAACAGUUCAAUUAUGUUCAUAAAGGAGACGGAGAGCAGCUCUGAAGAGGAUGAUACUGAUGAUGAUCAUAAGGCCCAGUGUCCAGAGCAAUGGAGGUCAACUUUCAAGGAGUUGAAGAAAUUUUUCCAAGCACUGGAAAGCAUUGAGAGUAAAGAUCUGACCCUGACAAAGAAAGUGCUGGAAGAACGUGAGCUUCUGGAGAAGACCAUGACACGCCUGACCCCUCAGAUCACAGCAGGUCUGUCAAAGCUAAGUGAGAUCAAAAGCUUCAAACAGUGUCUGGAGAACGAGGAUGAGAACAUGAAACAGAACCACCAUUUUGAGACUGAGGUAAAUGUGCUGUCGGUGAAGAGAAGCAAAUUAUCCCAAGACUUUGCAACAAACUGCAAGAUAUGCAAUUUCACAUGUCACACCUGCUGUUUCUUCCCAAAUGAGGAUGAAAUCAAAAGUUGUGCCGUGAUGGAUGAUGAUGGCAACUGUACCGUAUGUCCAGGAAAAUGCUCUUCCACUGACCACGACAAGGGAAAAAGUCUUGUUGACGUAUGAAACAAAGACUGAGAAAAGGACUAUUCAAGAACUGAAGGACAACUCCAUGAAGGCGUGUGGCAAGUCUAUGGAAACCAAGGAGAUGCUGGAUAAGCUUGAGGAUGAGUUUCAUAUGAUUGAGGAAUUUGAUCAAGCAGUCUUCUGACUGUCUCAAGAGACUUAAUGAUGUUGCCCUGAAGCCAAGCUCUCUCUCCACUAUGGAGUACAUUGAGAUACUCAUUCGCACAGAGGAGGACGAACGCAAGCCAGGCUUUGAGGAUCGGAUCGUAGAGUUGAAGAAAAUGAAG